AUGGUGGCCUGUGGUGGGGGAGAUCCAAUGGAGAAUCUAGGUUAUGGCGACGGUGACGGUGAUGGGUUAGUGCAGCUCUCUGGAAACCUGAGAUUAUUUUCUCUUAUGGUAGUUGCACAGAAAGGAUACAAGAAUAAGACUAGGAGAUAUGAAUCAAAAAUGAGUUUUGGUAAGGUUCAGUUUGUAGAGGACAAGACGAAGCCUAAUAAGCCGGCACCGAUGGAAGCCCUUCAAUGA